AUGAGGAAAUCAUCACAGAAGACGGCGACAAAGCCGGCGCCAUCACGUCGGCCUUUCGACCCAAUGUCACAAUAUGAACAGCAACGCCAGCAGGAGACUGCCAUGGCCCUCACAAUUCGUGGCAACCCACCCAGGAACUCGUCAGACGAGAACACAAGGAACCCAAGGACCAGCUCUACUGCCCUCACACGAAACCGAUCAGUCUCCCGUCCACCACCAACUCGUCGACCAGACGAUGAUGGCCUAUCCACCGUCUCAGAAGCCACCACAGCACCAUCAGAGGUCUCUACUGCCUCUUCAGCCAGUGACGUCUCCUCAGUGUCACCACCACCCAUGAACCGACGACAACACUCUGGACCAGGCUUCAUGUUCCAACCACCUCAGCUUCGUUUCAGAUCCAGCCAUGACACACGAUCACCAGAACCCUCACCCAGAGCCUCGUACAUGUCCGAUGAGAACUGGGACUCUGCAUCCGAGCUAGGAUGGGGAAGUUCAUCCAACGUCUCUGUCUCCACAAGGGCCACCACCGUCAUGAGUGAGAGUGAGGAUGACUACUCCAAGACACCUACCCGAUCUCGAUCAAUUGUGCGACAGACAGGUGCCCUCUCAACACAGCAGUCUCGUCCCACUGAGAAGCGAGUUGAGUUUGAGACAGACAGUCAGCUUGAGAGGACAUCUGGACGACAGGUUGAGCGCCAGCAAGAGAGGACCAAAGAGCGAUCACGCAGCCGUGGUAGAACAUUUCAUAUCCACAUUGAGCCUACCGCCCAACAACAGCAGCCUCUCAUCCCACAGCAACCAGCACAGCAGCAACAACAACAACAGAUCACUACGCAACAACCUCAGCAGCAGACCACACAGCAAACCAUCAACCAACCACAGAAUGGUGCUGUUAUUCAUGCUACCACGACUACUACUUCGUCGUCGUCCACCUACACUCAGCACCCUGCAGGUCAGCCAAUGAUGACUCAGCAGCCUCUCAUUCCUCAACAGCCUCUCAUUCCAACGCAGCCCGUCAUGUACACUGCUCAGCCCAUCAGCCCUCCCAUUGUGCAGCCAACCUUCCAGCAGCCUCUCAUUCCUCAACAACCACAGACUGUUCCUACUCCUCAACGCAUCCCAGAGGAGCGUCAACUUCCCCAGCCUGAGCGUCCUCCUUCCCGACCAAGGGCUCGCUCACGCCAUGAUUUGGAGGAGACCAUGUCUGCAGAGCUCGAGAGCCUCCGCAAGGAGCUCAAGACGCUCAAGGAGAAGCAGAAGGAGACACACAAGGACCUCAGCGACGCUCGGUACAGACUCUCCAACAUGCAGACCGACAAGGAUGAGCUCCGAGAAGAGAGGAACAAGGCCCAGGCUACACGGGACAGACUUGUUACCGAGUUCGAGGAGCAGACCCGUCUGCUUGAGAGGACGAGGACGCGCCUUGAUGAGCAGCGUCGCACCCUGGAGCGAUUUGAGAAGGACCGCGACAUCUCAAUCGACAAGGUCAAGAAGGAUCGCGAUCAUGUGCUCGACAGGUUCAAGUAUGAGCGUGACCAAGCCAUCAAGAAUGUCGACAAGUUCAAGCGAGAACGCGACCAGGCUGUGGAGCAGGCUCAGAAGGAUCUGGACUCCACCAUCUCCAAGUCCAAGAAGGAGCGCGACCAAGAGUUGCAUCGACUUCAGCGCGAGCGCGAUGAGAUGGUCGCUCGUAUCCAGCGUGAGCGUGACUCUGUUGUCGACAAGCUUCAGAGAGAACGUGACCACACUGCUGAGAAGGCCAAGAAGGAUCUUGACAUGGCUAUUUCCAAGUCCAAGAGGGAGCGUGACUCGGCUAUUGCCAAGCUCCAGAAGGAACGGGAUCAGGCUAUUGAGCAGGUCAAGCGAGAGAAGGAUCAGAUCAUUAGCCAGGCUCAGAAGGAGCGCGACAUGAUUGUCUCCAAGCUUACUCUUGAGCGUGAUGAGCUUAUCAAGACCGAAGCUGCCUUCAGCAACAGGGUCAAGGAGCUUGAGGAACAUCUCACCAAGCAUCGCGAGCUCAAGGCUGCUCUCGAGAGGAACUACGAGGACCUCAAGAAGAACAGCCUGGAGGUGACCCAGAACAACAACAAGUUCGAGGCCAAGGCUAUCAACUUGGAGCGUGAGCUCGAGGAUAUCAAGGCUAUCCGCAAGUCUCAGGAGACGGCCUAUGUUGCUCGUAUCGCCACCAUGGAGAUCUCUCAGGAGUCCAUGCAGUUCCGCGUCAACAACAUGGAGCAGGAUCUUGUUGAGAAGUCCAAGGAGCUGGGCGAGCUGACUGUGUCUCGCGACCGCUACCAGCUUGAGAGCGAGAACUCCAAGAACCAGGUUGAGUCUCUCAGCAAGGACAAGCUUGGCCUCGAGGAGGACAAGAAGAACCUUCAGCAGCAGAUCAAUGAUCUCACUGGCGACAAGACGAGACUCCAGGAACAGCUCACCGGACUUGAGACCGACAAGAAGACUCUGGAGGCGCAAGUCACGAUACUCCAGGCCACCAUCGACGAUCUGAUGAAGGACAAGGAAGCCUGGGCCAAGGACACUGAGAGCAAGGAGGCUCAAAUCGCCGGCCUAGACUCGGAGAACGGAGCCCUCAAGUCCAAGAUCGAGUCCAUCUCCAAGGAGAAGGAUUCCGUGGUCAAGGACAUGGAGGAGGUGGAGAGCAAGAGGAAGAAGCUCAAGAAGAAGUACGAGCAGCUCCAUGGUGAGAGAGACGGAUUGAGGGACCAGAUGAGAGGCAUGUUGCACGCUCAGGACGAUCAGUCAGCGCAAGUGCUGAGAUUGUCUGUGGAGGUCUCAGGCUUGAGGUCCGAGAACAUGGCCCUGAGAUCCGAUGCUGGUAGUGUUGUAUCGAGCUCUAUCUCGUCAAUUGGUAGCUCUAUGAGCAGCGUCAGCGACGUGACCAGCGUGGCUUCGGAAGCAACGGAGAAGGCUGAGCCUGCCAAGGUCCCGGUGCCUGUUUCUGUUGAGGACGUGCCUGAGACUAUUGUCGAGGAUGUCAUCAUUGUUGAGGAGGAGACGACGGUACCCGAUGGAGAGGGUCCUCCUGCUGACUCUCCUCCUGCACCAGAGGGUGACCCUGCUCCUGAACCCGAGGUCGAAGCUGCCCCCGCACCCGAGCCUGAGCCUGUAGAAGCUCAACCCGAGACUGUAGUGGCUGUCGAGGAAAAGGUUGAGAUUACAGUUGAGGAGAAGGCUGCGGAUCCAACUCCUGAGCCAGCAGCCCCCGAGCCUGAAGCAGCACCUGCUCCCCCUGCUCUCGAAGUGGAGAACACUGAGCUCAAGGAGAAGCUCACUACUGCCGAGGAAGCUGUUACUGCCAUGACAACCAAGCAUGAUGAUCUCACUAUCAAGUUCGAAGCCACGGCUGAGAACGCAGGUCGUCUUCAGCUUAGCGUUGACAUGCUCACUGCCGAGCGUGAUGAGAUUACACAGAAGCUCACCACACUGCAGGAAGAGGCUACCGCCCUCCAGCAGAAGGCUGAUGCGGUCACGACCGAUCGUGACGACCUCAAGACCAGGCUAACUGCCGCUGAGGAGCAGAUUGCGGCUCUCAUCGCGGAGCGGGACGAGCUGAACAAGAAGCUUGAGACCGCUGAGCGUGAGGCUGUGAUUCUCGACGCGCUGAGGAUCGAGAACAACAACCUGAUGAAGAAGCUUGACGAUGCCAAGAAGGCUCAGAAGUCUGCUGCAUCCAAGGUGAACUCUCUCGAGACUCAGAUCGCUGCGCUGGUGGCUCAGAUCAACAACGGUGGCGGUGCUCCCAGGGCCAGUUCCAAGGGAAGGAAGUCUAUCAAGGAUCCCAAGCGAGCACAGGAGCUUGUCAUCGUGAGGGAUCCUCGGGAAAAGGGACUGAGCUCGAUCGUACGCAGGCGUAACCUGGACUCGGCUGUUGCGAGGUCGGGGUCUCGGUCUGACGGAUCUGCGGAUUCGUGA